AUGACCACAAUUGCUCACAGCGGCGCAAAGAACCUGGCAGCUUCGGUGAGCAUACUGGGAUCCAUAAUCUUGGUGCCACCAGUCCUGGUAAGUUUGUUCCUUUCUCGACUUACUACCAGACGCGGUAGUCCCGGUCAGUCUGACGACGAAGAAGACGCGGCCGCCGCUCUUGAGCUGGAGAUCCAGGCGCAGCAACAGCUAUGGUGGUUCCAAUUCCAGGAGUUCGCAAUGGAGGACGUCGCUGUGAAUCUCCUCGAGCUCCAGGAGCCCGGUAGAGUGAGCUUCCAUGGCUGCUUGCGGCUUGGCCCCGACAGUAUGCAGGAGGUGUCGAUACGGAAACUGGAGCUCACCAAGGCCGUUGACCUGCUUACACACCUAGAAUCCGCGGAAAUCCGGCAGGAAACUGUCAACCUUGGAUCUCUUCGGAGAUGCAACGUCCUGCCGCUCCUGGGCUUCAGCCUCACUCACUCAUAUCUGCUACUGUUCAUGCCGAAGUUGAGGAGCCUCACUGACGUGCUCAGAAAUUCCAGCCUGAGUUGGAGCUGUCGCUGCCGAGUUGCCGCCUUGGUUGCGAGAGGCCUAUCCAGGCUUCACUACUCGAGAGAAGCAGCGGCGACGAGUAAUGGGCCAGCAAGCAGCGUGGUGACGGCGGUUCUCCAUGGGAAUAUCCGGUCCGAAAACGUCCAUCUCCUGCUGGAAGAAGCCACUGACGAUUCACCCCCGACAUGCACCCCCUAUAUUGCGGACACCGGAUUUGUGAAGCUCACUUCCAUGCCGAUUUUCCGCCCCGACGAGAUGAUCACAAAUACUCGAGGCUAUGCUGCACCAGAAGUGUCCUCUGGAGGGGCCUUGACGACCAAAAGCGAAGUGUAUAGCUUCGGAGUUGUACUCUGCGUGCUGCUCUCCGGACAAACGGACGUCGCGGCAUUGAAUCCCGUGGCCUUGCUGAAGCAAAAGCUGAAACGAUUUAUGGAUCCCAAGUUGGAGAAGUCGUACAACGGGAGUCAGGCACGAACGAUCCAGCAGACAGCUCUCAAGUGUAUUCAGAGAGAUCCCAUGCAGAGACCGGACAUGAUACGGGUGGAGGCUUGGCUGCGACCUUUGCUGCUGCACACGUGA